GACGUCAUCCUGCAGUAGCGGGGAUGGGGUGGGAAUGAGCGAGAGAGUGAGGACGCCCGGCUCGAGAGCGAACGAGAAGCCACUGCAAGUCCCCCACCUCAGCCACCCAGGUUGGGGUCUGACUAGGUCUGCUCUAUGGACUAGUGUGGGCGGCAGGCUCUUUCCUCUCCCUGCCCCGCGGCCCACUAUCUUCCCUCCCCUCCUUGGAGAGACCCUGCAUCCCUCCCCCAAGGUGGAAUCAGCCGUCUGGAGGCUCCUGGGGGAGAGCAAUCGCCCGGCCCUGCCGAGCCCUGCCCACACCACACCAUGACCCUUCUGCUGUUGCCCCUCUUGCUGGCCUCCCUGCUCCCCUCCAGCUCCUGUAACAAAGCCAACAAGCACAAGCCAUGGAUCGAGGCAGAAUACCAAGGCAUCGUCAUGGAGAAUGACAACACGGUCCUGCUGAACCCACCACUCUUUGCCUUGGACAAGGAUGCCCCCUUGCGCUAUGCAGGUGAGAUCUGUGGCUUCCGGCUCCAUGGGUCUGGGGUGCCCUUUGAGGCUGUGAUUCUGGACAAAGCAACUGGAGAAGGGCUGAUCCGGGCCAAGGAGCCAGUAGACUGUGAAGCCCAGAAGGAGCACACCUUCACCAUCCAGGCCUACGACUGCGGCGAGGGCCCCGACGGGGCCAACACCAAGAAGUCCCACAAGGCGACUGUGCAUGUGCGGGUCAACGAUGUAAAUGAGUUUGCCCCCGUGUUUGUGGAGCGGCUGUACCGUGCUGCGGUGACUGAGGGGAAGCUGUACGACCGCAUCCUGAGGGUGGAAGCCAUCGAUGGUGACUGCUCCCCCCAGUACAGCCAGAUCUGCUACUAUGAGAUCCUCACACCCAACACCCCCUUCCUCAUCGACAAUGACGGAAACAUUGAGAACACGGAGAAGCUGCAGUACAGUGGUGAGAGGCUCUACAAGUUCACGGUGACGGCUUAUGACUGUGGGAAGAAACGGGCAGCAGAUGAUGCCGAGGUGGAGAUCCAGGUGAAGCCUACCUGUAAACCCAGCUGGCAAGGCUGGAACAAAAGGAUUGAAUAUGCACCAGGUGCAGGGAGCUUGGCUUUGUUCCCUGGUAUCCGCCUGGAGACCUGUGAUGAACCUCUCUGGAAUAUUCAGGCCACCAUAGAGCUACAGACCAGCCAUGUGGCCAAGGGCUGUGACCGUGACAACUACUCAGAGCGGGCCCUGCGGAAACUCUGUGGUGCUGCCACUGGGGAGGUAGAUCUGUUGCCCAUGCCCGGCCCCAAUGCCAACUGGACAGCGGGACUCUCGGUGCACUACAGCCAGGACAGCAGCCUCAUCUACUGGUUCAAUGGCACCCAAGCUGUGCAGGUGCCCCUGGGUGGCACAGCUGGGCUGGGCUCUGGACCCCAGGACAGCCUCAGUGACCAUUUUACUCUGUCCUUUUGGAUGAAGCAUGGUGUCACACCCAACAAGGGCAAGAAGGAAGAGGAAACCAUCGUGUGUAACACUGUCCAGAAUGAGGACGGCUUCUCUCACUACUCACUGACCGUCCAUGGCUGUAGAAUUGCCUUUCUCUACUGGCCUCUGCUGGAGAGUGCCCGCCCAGUCAAGUUCCUCUGGAAGCUGGAGCAGGCUGCCACGGGGCUGGUGCGGGCGGGGGUGCAGGCCGGCAGAGUCCUGGCUCGGGUGCGGGGUGUGGCGGCUGUCGCCCGGCUGUGUGCCCACAUGCUCUUCCCGGGCAUGUGCUUGUGCGUCCGCAUCUGCUUUGCCGCCCUCAGCUCUAAGCAGCUCUUCUACCCCCUUUCCUCCCUAUCUCCUGCUCUUCUCAAUAGGGCGCUAGUCCUCCUCCAGCUUGCAUGGGUAUUCUUCCCUUCUGGGCCAUCAGGAAUCCUGUCUUCUCUUACUCCAGGACUCCCUCUUCCCCCGGGUACGCCCCCAGCCCCCACUCCCUGCUGUGCCAAGUCCCUGCAGGUGUGCCUGGCCAGUCUCCUCACACUGCACGCUCUCCCUGCAGUGGUCCCUAGUGCGGCGACUCUCAUCAUUGUGGUGUGUGUGGGUUUCCUGGUGCUCAUGGUCAUCUUGGGCCUCGUGCGCAUCCACUCCCUUCACCGCCGUGUCUCAGGGGCCAGCGGGCCUCCAGAGGCCUCCAGUGACCCCAAGGACCCUGACCUCUUCUGGGAUGACUCAGCGCUCACCAUUAUUGUGAACCCCAUGGAGUCCUACCAGAAUCGGCAGGCCUGUGUGGCGGGGGCUGCUGGUGGCCCGCAGGAGGACGAGGACAGCAGUGACUCAGAGGCUGCGGACUCCCCUAGCAGCAACGAGAGACGCAUCAUUGAGACCCCUCCACACCGCUACUAAGGCUACACCCCUCCCCGAACAGAGAAUUCUGCCCUGGUGAGACAGAGACACCCCCAGAAAAGAGACAAUGACAUUCUGAGAGAAGAGACCAAGAGGGAGAGAGCUCUUCAGAAUGAGUCAUCCUUUAAUCCCCAAAUCCCAGUGGUCCUCACUGGGAUCUGCCUCCCCCUGCGCCCCCAGCCCACCUCCCUACUGUGCCUCUGGGCUCCUGUUCCCCAGAAGACUCUGGCUGCCUUCUCUGCCCCCAAGGCAGCGGCCCCUUAGCUUGCCCAGGUCUCUGUCUCUCCCCUACCAGCCAUGUGCUGCAUGGGGGGUGGGGGCGUCACUAGCGGCCAGGGGUGGGAUCGAAGGGAACCCUUCCCUACUCUCCUGUCCAUGGAGGCCUUCCUUCCCUGGGGCUCCCUCAGCUGGGCCUUCACGGCUUCUCUUCUGUUCCCUCCUCUCUCUCUCUUUCCAUUUCACUCCGGGGACCCCUGCUUCUUUACCUUGCCCACUCUCCUUCCUUUUCUCUCCUCUUUCCCCUCUUCUCCUUGCCGUAGGUCCUACAGCCCCUGCCCCAUCCUGCGUGACCUGGCUGUGGCUAGGUUGUGGGGAUGGCAGGAGGAGUGGCGGGGGGGGGGGACCCAGGUAUUA